CCUUUGGUGACAUUCUCAAAUCAAUUGAGGCACAGAGUUUCUAACCGCGACUGUUCCUGCAUCGGCCUCACGUCACCUGGCGAAACGCCGCAUGGCCGCAUUGCAUAUUAGGUGCCACGCUCCCCUAGCCAGCCGAUUCCGUAGGUACCUUUCUCCAUUCCAUCUUUUCCUGUCCUAGAAUACUACUCAAGAUGAAGUUCUCAACUGCCGUCGCUGUUGCGGCCAUCGCCAGCCUCGCAGAAGCAAGGCAAUGCGCCAACUUCACUGUCCCUGUCCAGCUCUCUGCCCGUAAUGGCGUGUUCAACCAGACGACGCCAGUCACCAACAUCGACGUUACCAACUUCUUCCUUAACCUGACCCAGCAAGGCGGCAACUACUCCGCCGCCACCUUAACCGGUUAUCGAACCGUCUCCGGCACCUACAACAUCGAAGCUACCUACUGCCGUCCCGACAAUGGAUCUGCCAACACUGUUCAAGUGCUUACGCACGGCAUUGGCUUCGACCGCACCUACUGGGACGUCAGCUACAAUAACUUCAACUACUCCUACGUCGCGGAAGCUGUGGACACAUAUGGCUAUAGCACGUUCAGCUGGGACCGCCUUGGCGUUGGCAUGUCCCAGCACGGUGAGCCAGUCAACGAGAUCCAAGCACUUCUGGAAGUUGAUGCUCUUCGCGCCCUCACCCAGAUGCUCCGCAACGGCUCUAUUGAGUGCACUGGCGGCAGGAGGUUCAACAAGAUCGUUCACGUCGGCCACAGUUUCGGUUCAGACCACACUUACGCGCUGACGGCCAUGUACCCGAACAUUUCCGACGGGAUUGCCCUCACCGGCUUCUCGCAGACCGGCACUUUCGUCCCCUACUUUGCGCUAGGCGGCAACUUCGUCCAAGCAAACACCAUGCCCGCACUGUCCGGUUACGUGGACGGCUACUUCGCGUCAGGCGACCCAACUGGCGCGCAAACCAACUUCUUCGCGCCCGGCAUGUUUGACCCGAACCUUCUUACGCUGGCAUCCACCUCCUUGGGACAGCCAGUGACGGUUGGCGAGCUCCUCACCAUCGGCGCCGAGACUGCCAGCGUAAACCACAUCGCGAAGCCCGUUCUCAUCAUCACCGGCGGCAGAGACGUUCCCUUCUGCGGCGGCAACUGCCUCGUGGCUCCCCCGGGUUUCAGCUCCAUCCCUCAGCAAGCACUGACUACGCUUCCCAACGCAGUCAACGGCACAGCGGUGAUUGUGCCAAAUGCCGGUCACGGCCUGAACUUGGAGUACAGCCACCCUUUCACCUACGGUACGAUCAACAACUACUUCGUCCAGAACGGCCUUGGCCCGCACUAGAAGAUAAAUAUAGAGUGUAAGGACACAAUGGACAGAUACCGUGGCCAAGAAAGAGCUGUGGCAUAUAUGCCCUGUACAAAUCGAGAAGAUAAUGUUGUAUAAUGAUAAUG